AUGGAGAUUCUACAGCCAAAUCCGAACCUUAAAACCUACGACAACAAGGAGCCAAAAGACACAUACAACAUGGCAUACAUUAUACAUUUUCUACUAGGUGCCGGAUAUUUGGUUCCAUGGAACGCCUUCAUCACAGCCGUUGAUUAUUUCCGGUAUCUAUACCCUAACAAACACAUCAACAAGGCGUUUUCUGUGGGUUACAUGUCGGCCGCGAUGGCCGUGCUUUUUACGCUCAUGUGGUUUUCAAGGUCGAGCCGGAUUAAGUUGCCGUCGGUUCGGACCCGGAUGAAUUUGGGUCAGUGUUUGUUUAUUUUGGCUCUCAUGGUGGCGCCGGUGACGGACUGGAUUGUUCAUGGGAAGGAGGAGACUAGGAAGGCGAUGAAUAUCGCGUUUGUGGUGCUUGUUUCCAUGGUUAUGAUCAGUGGAUUAGCUGAUGGGUUAGUGGGUGGAAGUCUGGUUGGAGCCACUGGAGCUCUACCUGGACGGUAUAUGCAGGCGGUUUUUGCUGGUAACGCUACCGCCGGGGUUUUUCUUCGAAUUGUCAUUUUCUCUAAUCUUGUAAAUGAAAAAGAAAUAGAGUGGGAUAUUGGGGUGCAAAUGAGCCGAGCUCGAUUAAUUUAUGACAGCUUGAGCUGGUUCGGUUUAAGCUUUGUUUCAAACUCGAGUUCGGCUUGUUUAUUAUCUAUUAAUUAA